AUAGAAAUUAGGGCAAAUAAAAGAAGAAAACGACAUCGUGCUGUGUUUUAGGCCCUUCCUUUCCUUCCCUCCAUACGUAAACCCUGCAAAUUCUUAGCGGCCUGCAACGCUGAGGAAGAAGAGCAGCACGUAGUUAUGGAGACCCAGGAACCCUAUCAGAUUGACCUUGGUAACCUUAUGGCCUUCGACCCUCAUCACCAGUUUCCUUCCAUCCCCUCAUCCAGGGCGGAUUUGGUGGAGGAAAGUCUAAAGAGAGGAACUGAGUUAGUACAAGCCAUUGCUGAUACUCUUUUCAACUUACCUUCUACUGAAGAUAUAGAUGGCCCCCUCGUCAGGUUGCCACCGCCUGUGACUAGAUUGCCCAGAGAGAAGCAUAUGCCAAAGCCUAAACCUCCAACAAAAUGGGAAGAAUUUGCAAAAUCCAGAGGUAUAAAGAACAGAAAGAAAGAUAAGGUUCAAUAUGAUGAGCAGACUGGUACUUGGAAACGUCGUUUUGGAUAUGAUCGCGUGAAUGAUGAAAAUAAUGUACCUAUCCUAGAUGCGAAGGCAACUGAUGAGCCUGGGCUGGAUCCAUUUGCCAAAAAACGUGCUGAUAAAAGGAAUCGUGUGGGAAAGCAAGAGAAAAAUAGAGUGCAAAAUCUAAAACAAGCAGCAAAAGUUGGUGCCUUGCCAAGUCAUAUACAACUGGCUGCAACAUCUUUGCCAAUAACAGGUAGCCAAUCUAUGCCCAAGAAGGUUACUAAAGAGGAACUGGGAAAUGUGGCUGGAAUGGCUGCAACCUCGACAGCAAGUGGGGGAAAAUUUGACAAGAAAUUGGCAGGUGAAAAGCCUGUUAAAAAUAAGGGAAAACAUCGCAAGUUCUUACCAGUUGUCGGAGGCAAAGGGAACUCACAAGAGAAAGAGCAAACAGAUAAAGUUUUGAACAAGUUAAUUUCCAAGAAUUCCCAUGAAAUACUUAACGUGAACAAGGCCAUCACCAUGUACAAUGUUAAGAAAGAGAAGAAAUGGAAGGGUACACAAGACAAGUCUCCACGAAGCUCAAGCUUGAAACCAAAGAAAGAUAUUCAGAAGAAACCAUCAUCAUAUAAGGGCACAAGUAAGGGCUCUUCAUUUAAAGGCAAGGGGAAAUGAAAUUAAGUUCUAGUAGUUACUGGUGUAAGCUUUUGCAAUUUCGGGAUAGAAUUUUACAUUUUGGUUUCUGGAAGAUGUUUUGUGUUUGUGUACUUAUUAUUUUUUUGAGCAAAAAGUAGUUUCACAAAUA